AUGUCAUUGACUUCUUACAUCCCAGCGUACAAGAACUUACGUGAGAUGGAAUCAAUUAUCAAUGAUUUAACUUCCACGCUGCGCGAGGAGGCGAACGCUUAUGACUCUGAAAAGCUCAGAGGAUUCAGUGCAUCAAGCGAGUCGAGUCUCCUCCAGUCAGCCCAGAAACUUGGUCCGCUCCGAGUCGAAUUAGCAAAGAAUCUUCGCCGCGGCCUGUUCAUUUAUUGCAUAGACACUUGCUUACUGGUAGUCGUAGGUCAAACCCUUGCCCAAUUUCAAGGUUUAUACGAAGGAUCGGCCCCACCAGAAAAUGUAGAAGCUGCCCCAAGCUUAAUAAAGCGUCUCAAGAAAAACCCUCUUCGUAGAAAACUCAAUCGUGAUCGACGAAGACUCGUUUGCCAUGCCCUCUGCGUAUACGCUAGCACUGCGCUACAUCUGCCACCCUUAAUCAUACUGGGCUUGAAUGAUCCACUGGCGGUCCUUGCAAACGUCAUCCUUUUAAUCCUGAAUAUCAAUUCACGUCAGCUCAUUCGGGCUAGAAUGGAGGCCAGCAGACUAAAUCCACAACCUCCCGCUCGCUCUCCGGAUCCAAACACGGAGCAGCGGAAAGCCAUCUCGAACAGCCUGAACGAUAGAAGCUCUCAACGAUGCAGCCCUCCGCCCCCUGAUAUACACAUCGCCCUCAAUAACUUAGAAGAAAAUGUGCCAUACAAUGAAAAAACUGCUUCAUGGUGCACCUGCGCCGCUCCUGGUGAUCUUGAUCGAAAGAGCCCUUUGGUGAUUAGCGAUCCCCAUGCGAAUGAAACCGACUGUUAA